UGCACGCGUCCCCUCAUCGCAGCCCCCACACCUCAAACCGUAACUAAAUUUUCUCUUUCACCUUUUUUUCCCAUCCAUAUAUAUAAUGACCUUAAAGUUAGCACACAUCCUUCCCAUUUUCACUUUCCCCAAUUCUCCAAAUCCCAAUUCCAUCGACUGAUCAUGUCCAGAGAUCUACAAUCCCGUCGACCUCUUUCGGAAAUUCAGUUACCAAACAUUAUCAAUUCAUCGUCGUCUUCAAACAUCUUAAGAGAUGAGCCAGAAAGAUGUAGUAAUAAGGAACAAGCUGCAGAAAUCAGAACCCCAGGAACUCCUCAGAAUUUGAUCCCCAAAAUUCUCAGCUGUCCACCUGCCCCUAAGAAGCCCAAAAGGGUCAUCUCAUGUAAAAGGAAAUUACUUGGCGAGUUGGAGUUUUUCGAUGUGGCGGCAAAAGAGGAAGUAGAUUCCUUCUUCAAAUCUGUUGAUGAGAAUUCUAAACCAUGUGGGGCUAACAGUAACAAGAAGAGAAGGUGUCUUCUGUAAAUUACCCCUGCUGGCAGGCCAAAAAUAAAACAAGUUAUGCUCCACAAUGGAUCCAAUGUCCAUCCAUCUUACUUUUACAAUAUGAUGAGAACACUGCUCCUCAAUCCUGAUGUAUGUAUACUAUCUAUUAUACAAAUAUUCUUUUCCUUUUUUAAUAUCAUGUGAAUUAUUAAUAUUCGAUCUGAAUUUUGAAUUUGUACCUUCUCCGGCUCGGAGAAUUAUCUGAACUAUUUCAUCUUUUUAAAAAAAAUGAGAAUUCCCAAAUUUUGGCUUAUUAUCA